AUGGCUUUACGGGAAGAGCCAACCACGACUACUGCUGCAAGCCUUGAGGCUGUCAAAGACAAACUUCGAGAGUUCUACAGAGAGCAGCUGUUUCUUCGGGUGAAGCCUGAAAACCGAAGGCAAGCGAGCUGGGAGAAGCAGUUGUCUGUGGUCGAGGAAGCAUUUGAACUUCGCUUGGAAAAGUUUUCGACAGUCGAAGAAGUGCUUGCAUUUGGUGGUAAGUGCUUGAAGAACGAGAACCUUCGCGAAUCUUUUACCUGGUUUGGUUUCGAGGCUGCCGAAGAGCAGUCUUUGAGCUGGGCAGCGCAAGUUGCUUUCGUGCACCUGCAGCAGGAGCACGAGAACCUGGAUCGAGACCUGUCUGUGGGGUCUAUCACUUCAGAGCCCAAUACGCCAGGUCAAGGAGCCCAGGGCGUGUACGUUUCUGUGGAUGAUUUGCGAGUGAUGAUGCAGCAGAUGACUGCUGCUACCAAGGCUGCAAGUGAUGCUGCAAUGGCGGCAGUAAGGGCCAAUUCUUCGAAGGCCUCCCUUGGUUCAAGUGAGAUGAGCCGAAUCCUGCCGCGGCCGGACACCUUCAAGCCGACAACUCGAGAGGAGGAGCACUCGCAGUGGUUGCAAUGGGUAUGGUCACUGAAGCAAUAUGUGGUAGCGCUGGACACUGCUUAUGCCGAGGAUUUGAAGAAAAUCGAACAGUUUCCAACAGCCGAGAUUGGGUGGAUAAGUGAUCCUGAUGCUUUGCAAAGGAGCCAACGAAUGUAUGCAUUGCUUUCUGGAUUGGUUCGUGGCAGAGGUUUGCAAGUGAUCCAACGUGUUCCAUCACAAAAUGGCUCUGAGGCCUUACGACAGCUGAUGCAACUUUUCCAGCCGUCAAGCCGUGCCCGCUCGCUUGGCAUCCUCACCGCUCUCACUCAGACGCACCCGUUUCGCACCAACGAGCCGUUCCUGGCCCAGCUGUUGGAUCUGGAGCGAGUGAUGGAGGAAUACGAGCGUUCGUCUGGCAAGAAGCUGGAAGAAGACCUCAAAACCUCGAUACUGCUCAAGAGCAUUUCUGGCGGCAUGCGGAACCACCUGUCCACCGUCCUGACGGAGACCUCCUCCUACGACGAGAUCAGAGAGGCAGCUCUUCGUUAUGAGCGCAUGCAGUUCAAGUGGAGCCCUUCAAACCUUUUCAGCACCGAGUCUUCGUAUGCGCAAAAGAAGUCCCACGAGCAGGAACCGCAGCCAAUGGACAUCGGUCAAGUUAAGGGUGGUCCUAAAGGGUACAAAGGUGGCAAAGGUCCUAAGGGUCCUAAGGGUUCAAAAGGUCCAAAAGGCAAUGACAGCAAGGGCAAGUAUGGCAAGGCUGGAGGCAAAGAGUCUAAAGGUUACUCUCAGAGCUACAACAAUGCCAAAGGCGACAGGAAUCCAGGCAAAGGUGGCAAGGGUGAUAGGAAAGGCAAGAACAAUGCACCGAAGGGGGGCAAUCUGUCCUCCAACACCACAUGCCACAACUGUGGCCGUCCUGGCCACUAUGCAAGAGACUGCUGGCGCCCUCGUGUCAACCAGGUUGAGCAGUCCCAAGGCCAGCCUGGCCCACAGCCUUCCGGAGCUUCUGUGAGCGGCACCUCCACCAGUGCCGGCCCUUCAUAUAGCAGUGCCCCGAGCCAAGCCUCCACAGCCGUGCGUCGUGUCAUUGCCGAGCCUUUUGUGAUGGACAUGAGCCAGCUUGACCUGUCAGGUGAUGACCCUUUCGUGCGAAUGAUUCAUGCUCAGCACUUCCGGUUGGACGCCACUGAUGGCGACUCAGACUGGGUAGUGAUUGGGUGUUCGAACAGAACCCAUGAGCAGCAUGUGCGAGCACUGACCCGAACCAGUGACACCUGUUCUGUGAUCAUCGACUCCGGAGCUGACGUUUCUUGCAUCCCCUUGAGCUUUGCAUCUUGUGGAGUCAGUUCCCCUGGAGAUUGCGUGAUGCAUGUGCGUGAUGCUCAGGGUGGUAGCAUGCAGGUGAAGGAUGAGCGCAUUGUCGAUUUCGUUUUGCAAAGCCCAAGCCAUGGACAUGUUACCAUCCGUGAGAGAUGUAUCGUCGCAGACGUAUUGCAGCCGCUAAUAAGUAUGGGUCGGUUGAUCAAACAGGGCUGGUUUCCGUGCCAAAAUGCCCAAGGCUUCUGGUUGAACCAUGAUGCUUCAGGAGCCGAUGUGCCUAUGACAUUCCGAGGCAUGAGCCUUGGAGUGGAUGCCGAGAUUCGUCGGGUUGAGAAAGCCGAAAGUCCAAGUUCUUGUGUGCAAGCCUGUGAUCCACAGAAUUCCCACGUCCAGUCGAAAGGUCCUCAAGUGCAAGCCUGUGAUCCACAGAAUUCCCACGUCCAGUCGAAAGGUCCUCAAGUGCAAGCCUGUGAUCCGCAGAGUUCCCACGUCCAGUCGAAAGGUCCUCAAGUGCAAUCAUGUGAUCCGCAGAGUUCCCACGUCCAGUCGAAAGGUCCCCAGUGUCAACCAGAUGACACGCAUGUCCGUGUCCUUCAGCGUGCCGUGUUGGGUCCGGAGUUGAGCAACUUGCAUUUCGGGUGGCAGAUCCUCACCUCAGGGAAUUUGUGCUGGCGGGGUCGUUCGUCACGCAUGUUAGACCCAUCCUUUAUGGUUGAUCGAAGCUGGCCCUUGCGUUCCACCUUGAUGAGACGAAGUGAAACCUCAGCUUGGUUUUUGAUCGAACACUGUGAGUCGUGGUUGGAGAUGGAAGAUCUUGAAGAUGACAUCCCAGGAGGUGGAGAGGCUGAGUUGAUCGUUUGCAUGCAUGUGAGCAAGGAACCCAUGUCUUCGCUCGGAGUUGAAAAUCUCACUGAGAGCCUGGUUGAGGAUGUAGUUCCAUCUCCCAAGACCCCAGAACUUCCGUACGAUGAGGAUGAGUUGUUCGAUUAUGAACCGUCGCCAGUAGAUGAGCCCGAUGCAGGUGUGAUCAUUCGUGAAGAGCCUGCGUCCCGAGGUGCGUUGCCCGACAUGGAAGAGCCUCUUAGCAUUCCCGUUGCUGUGCCUGCUGACACGCUCACCCUUGAUGGCGUUGUGCUCAACUGUGAGAGUUCGAUUGGUGCCCUGAAAGCAGCCUGCACUAAGUUGGGUUUGAGAACUUCCGGUUCUAAGACUAGGCUGUUUCAGAGGAUAAAGGGUUGCCUUGAGAAGCAAAAGUUGUCACUUGCCUCAGACAUCGCCCGAGAUGCUUCAGAGGGAGCUGCUCGAUUGCCCCACAUGCAAUCAAUCCCCGAUGUUCCGUCCAGAGAGCAACAGCUCAUUCACGAGCUUACUCACACGCCAUACGCGGCGUGGUGCAGUCACUGCAUCACCAUGCGAUCUGUUCCGGACAGAUCAGAGGCUACAAAUGCCGCACCACGAGACCUCCCGAGCGUCUCUUUCGACUUCUGCUAUACCGGGUUCAGCCCUUCCUCGAACGAGCUUGAGCCUGUAGCAGGUGAACCUUCUUCAAGUGCCAAAGACCUACUUUGCUGUCUGAUCGCACACGAUUCCGCCACUGGUGCCAUCACGGCAAUACCCUGUGAGAGCAAAGGCAGCACGCGAUACCUUGGGGUUGAGCUGAUGAGGUUCAUUCAAUCCUUGGGUCAUGCGACAGUGGAGUUGAGGUGUGAUGCUGAACCAGCUACACUUUCGUUGCAGCGUGCUGUGGUGAAUGCGAGACAGAGGCUGGGAUUGAAGACGGUUGAAAGGAAUCCUCCUGUUGGCCACCACCAAGCCAACGGGUAUGUUGAGAAAGCGGUAGACCUGAUCCGAAGGCGGACUCACAGCGUAUGUGCCUACAACUACGCCCCCGACGUCCAGCGGGACCUGGCAGGAGAAAACGUGCCAGACUCACUGGUAGAAUACGGGCUUGGGAGUACCGACUUAAAAGAAUCUGGUGGAAGCAACAAGGCAAACAUCAUGAUGCUACACUUGCGUGCUCGCUUGAGCAUGAGAAUGAAGAAACUGUCACUGAGCAACUUGCGCUUGCUGAGGCUCUUAGCCCCCCAGCACUACCGGCAAAUCUUUCUUGGCCCAAAUGGCUAUGACACGCCGUCAUCCGUCAUACAGUGCUGUGCGCGUUACCUCAACUGUUCGGUUAGUCAGCUGACCGGAGGGAAAUGGGAGACCCUUGAAAUGCCCAAAGGCCCCUGCCUUGUUGGUCAUCUUCGUGUCCCCCUUAGCCUUGGCCAGAAAGCCAUCAAAUGCAGUGGAAAGCAAGCUUUGUUUGCCACCUUGGUUUCUAAAAGUUCCGCUCGAGAUCCUGUUGCAUGGCUGUACCGGGACAGGGAAACACAGGAUGAGGAACACUUUAGAGUUGCCUGGGCUGCUGCUGAGGCGCAAGGAGAACAAACCGAAGACGACAGGCCCAGGCACUUCGUGAUGCAUGGAGUCCCAGUGUCCUGGGACUCGUCUGACGUUGCUGACUUUCUGGCAGGUGGCAACGGCGACUGUGGCUUUCGUGCUGCUGUUGUCGCAUUACAGGUCAACCAACGAAAGCCUGAACUCAGCUCUGAUGAGCUUACACGCCAGGCUUCGUCAUUAAGACUCUUAUCUGCUAAUCACAUUGCAAAACACAAAGACUCCUACGCGCAACACUGGGCGGUUGAUGCCAACGAAGACGAAGCUGCUUGGGGUGGCAAUGCGCCUCCGGAAUCUUUUCAGAGCUACCUUCAAAUGAUCGCACGCAGGGAAACAUGGAUUGACGAAUUCUUGAUCCAAGGUUUAGCCGAGCGACUGGGAGUGCCAUUAGUGAUUUGGUAUUUCCACCCCACACAAACUACUUGGCUCCGUGCAGUGUACGGACCAUGGUGGCGCGAAGAGGUUGCUCAGACGACCAAGAAACAGAGGCCUCUUGUCUUGGCCUUAAAGGACAAGCGCUAUCGUGCCUUGGUACCUGACUCUCUUGAGGAACCAAUCCCAGAAUCUUGGCUCAUCAGGGCAGUGCCUCGGGAGCGUGGUGGAACCACGCAAGCUCGUAACCAGAGCUUCUGUAGCAUGUACUCAGGAGCGCCGAUCCCUGCUCCGUCUGCACUGCUGCCUAAGGUGAAAGCCGACAGUGGUGGUGUAGUGAAUGCCUUCAAGUUCUUGCUGGUUAUGGAGCCCGUGGAGCCUGGCACGUGGUUAACCACUUGCUUGAUGGUGGACCUCCCAUCCUUCUCCUUCAAGAAGUUGCUUUGCCCAAAGAAGAGGUGUAUCGACUACUUCUGCAGUAACCAGAGGCUUACCCAGGAUUUCGUGGUUCAGACCCCGCCAGUGUUGCCAAAAUGUUCUGACGAGCAACAGGACAGCUUCACUAAGGAUGACACGGUUGCUGAUAGUGUGCAGAUGGCGCUUCGCAAGCUCCAAUCCUUUUGGAAAAAGGACCUCAAGCGUGCCGCCUUGAACUGCAAAGGCUCUGCUGCUGGCCUAGAUGGCUGGACUACCGAAGAGCUAUUGCACUUCUCAGACAAGAUGUGGCAGGAACUUGCCCAGUUCUACCUGGAAUGGAGAUUCUUGGUCGAUGGCAGCCAUGAGUUUCCUUUUGUUGCCUGCAGCAAGGAAUAUCCAGGAAGUGGGGAGCUUGGAUGCAGUAUCUUGGUCUCCGUGAAAAUGAAGUUAAGGUCCUUGGAUUCACUUUUCAAGGGGCUCAAGCUAGAAAGGUUCAUGGCCACUUGUGAAGUCAUGUCUGUUAUGCAUAGGUGUCGGGGCAUCGUCUAUGAUCCAAAACGCCUCAAGCUUCUGCAGAAGAAGCAGCUCAGUUCACAUGAGUUUGCUGUGCUCUCUGGAGCAUCUGACAUGGCCUUGCUUUCUUUCUUUCCCUUGUUGGCGCCUUUGGCGCCUUCGCCGGGCAUGGCCCGUUUCCUCGUGGAUUCGGUCUACGUCCUCGUCUACAGUGGCGUGCGAGUCACCCGCUCCGUGAGGCCUUGCCUGCACCAAGCAGCCCACAAGACGUUGCAGCUUCAGAUCCACCUGCCACAUGUGCCUCCUGCAACACCCGUGGAAGACCUGCUUCCACUCACAAGUCCAGUGGUGCCAUCAGGCACUGCUAUGGAGACUGAUGAGGCCAGUGAUGUUCUUGAAGAACGUGCUUCAAAAGUUCCGAGAAUCCGAACCGUUUCUUUUGGCAACAAGGACUAUGAUCUUAAUGACGAGCCCUUUGAGUUUAUGGAUGCAGAUUGGUCCGACUUCAAGUUUGUGGACCCCGAUUACGACAAGUGUUCGAGCACCGAACCCGACUCGGCAAUGAAGGACGAGGCGGGGCAGAGCGUUGAUGCCAGUGCUCUAUGGUUUCCAGACAAUGGUUGUGAACCGAAGCUUUCAGAGUCAGAUUUGUUCGAACUUGACAGGAUCGCUGAUGCUGUGGAAGUGAAUAGGCUGAUACAGAAGGGUGUGUUGCGCCCGUCGUCCGAGAAGGACAACGUUUCAUCGAUGAAGAGUCUCUCGACCAAAAUGGUCAGGACUUGGCGGCAGAAGAAGAGGAAUGGGAUGUCACAGUAUCUCCGAAGAUCCAGACUAGUGGCAAGGGAGUACAAGUGGCUUGAGGAGAAACAAGGGCUAUUUUCCCCAAGUACCACGACAAACAUGGUGAAACUCAUUCCGAUCCUUUUCCUUUUGUGGAGAGCGACGAGGCAAGAGCAAUACGCAAUAUGUGCUAUAGACGUCAAAGACGCCUAUUUAGAGGUGCCUCAGGAAGAGCCCGUCGUCGCAGAUCUACCCAAAGAUUGCAUGCUUCAAGGACAAUACGUCUUUGAGAAGUGUGUGCCUGGACAGAGAGAUGGUGCACAAAGAUGGUUUGGAUAUUUCGUACAGUUUUUGACCGACAAGUUCGAUGCCCUUGAGUCUUGUGUUGAGAACCCGGCAAUCAUGCGUGUCCCCGAGGGCCCGAUGAUCAUGCAUGUUGACGACGGCCUCACGCUUGCUCCCUUGACAUGGCUCAAGCAGAAGUACAUCCCUACAUUGCAAUCGCGUUUCGAGAUCUCGGUAGAGAUUGCGUACAAGAAUGGAGAUGUCUUUUCUUUCUUGAAGAGAAAGCACACUAUUUUGGAAUCUGGGAUUUUAGUGGAAGCUUCGAGCAGCUACAUACGACACAUGGCCGAAGUACUUGAUGUCAAGCACGGAUCGAAGCAUAACACACCAUAUCUUCCAGAGCUAAUUCGCGAGGAUGUUUCCGGUCCUCUUGAUCCUGUUCGAGCAGGAAAGUUCAGGAGUGCACUGGGUAUUGCAUUGUAUUUGUCAAGUGAUCGCAUUGACAUCUGCUACUCUGUCCGACUUUUGGCAGGAUUCAUGUCAAAUCCCACCGAACAGGCAUGGAAAGGAUUGAUCAGACUAGCGAAGUAUCUGCUUAACACUGCUGAGUAUGACACGUUGCUUUCGCCCAAGCUUCCUGGAUCCACAGUCUUCCGCGAGGCAAAUCACGAUGAUAUGCCCAACCGAAUUGAGAUCUACAGCGAUUCUGAUUGGAGUGGACAUCGGGUUACAAGAAAGUCUUUUGGGUCCGCGUCGUAUGCAGUAAAUGGUUGUGUGUUCCAUCACAUUUGCAGGUCACAUCGCACUGUGAGUCUUUCAUCAGCAGAAGCCGAAUGGUAUGCUGCGAUAAGUGCUGCUUGCGAAGGAAUUUUCCUGAGGGCGAUUUUCGUCUUCAUGGCGGCGAUUACAGAAUGCUCCUUGGAUCUUAAGAUAGACAAUUCAGCAGCGAGACAGCUCGCCCUACGCCAAGGCGUUGGGAACAAGACUCGCCAUGUAGCUGGUCGUCUCUUGUGGUUGCAGCAAUCAGUGCGUGAGAAGAUCAUCGAUGUUGGAGCAAUUGCAAGCAUUUUCAAUCUUGGCGAUUUAUCUACAAAGAUGCACAGUGCCAAUCGUUUGCGAGCCUUACUGUUCUUGCAUGGUUUCGUUGAUGCUUUCACAGGAAAGGCUAUUGGCGAGGAAGAGUUUGCACAAAUGGCUCUGCAAGAUCAAGCAAAGAUGCAGGUGAAGAGAGUUCGUACUGAAUAUGCUCGGCAGCAUGGAGUGACCGGUUCCUUGAAGGGCGAAGCAAGCAGGCUGACGAAACAGGUAGCACUUCUUACUCUUCUUUGUUUGCCUACAACUGGAGAUGCAGCAGAGGCGGCGAAUCCGUACCAGCGUCAUGGCAUGGCGAACGUGACUUGGGCUACCGUCCUGUUGUGCUGUGGUUUGUGCAUUUACCGGGCCUUGAGCUGGGCUAGAGACUUCCAUGGUUUCGACAUGAACAGUCUUCUGGAAAUGAGCUCGCAAGACUUUGCGACCAAGAUGAUCAUGAGUUUCAUCUUCCUGUGUGGACUGAUGCCGGAGUGUACCAUGGAGCAGUACAUGUGUUUCUUUCUUCUUGGGGUGGUGUGGACCAUGCAUCGCUACAUUCUUCAGCUGGAGCACAAAUUGCAACCGACGAGUGCUGAGCCAACUGAUGGUGAGCUGAUGCGAGUCCGUUCUGACGCCAAUGUGAGAAUCGUGGUACCCCAAGAGCUUUUCGUUACACGAAGUGGUGAGUGUUUUCAUCACAGAAGCUGUGGAACCUUGAAGAGUUCCCUCAAUCCCCCAAGGAGGUUGAGCACGUGCAGUCAUUGUAAAGACAUGCUGACGCGCACAGAGUAG